AUGUCAUUCCCGUGUGGGCCGUGUAAACUGUCGUUUGACAAACCCCACAAGCUUGACACCCACCGGCGAUGUGUGCAUCAAGCUGAUGUCACAGUGACCACAGCCCACGGGGACAAGGUGGACCUACACAGGAUGAGAGACAGUAGCCAUGUCAAGACUUGUUUAGCCACCGGACCUCCACUGUCUCCUUUGGAACGGCAUGUGGAACCCAAUGUGGGUGUCAUAGUCCCAAUGGACCAAGAGGUGCAAAGUAAUGAUUUGCUUGGUCAAUACCAUCUGGCUUGGAAUGUUUGUUGUCAAAUUCUGAUUUGCACUGAAUGUCAUGCUGGUGUGGUGCCUGAAGAGGUGGCGGCUCACCUCAAGACCCACCACAAGCAAGACUCCAAGGUGAAGCAAGAGGAGGUGAUGGAAAACUUGAAGGAAUAUGUCAUCCAGGUCAAUGAGGGGCCACGCCCCUUGGACUAUGUGAAAGGCAAGCGCCUUCCUCCCCUUGAGGGACUCAUUGUUUAUAAUGGAUACACGUGUAAAAUAUGUGACAGAUCGUGGCAGGCAUUGAGAACUGCUCAGAAUCACUUUGGCAAAAAGCACAGAGAUCUUGCUGGCGAGCGGGACAACCACAUUCAAACGGACAAGUGCCAACAUCUGUAUGGACACCACCACAGCUGUCAUUUCCCUGUCCUGCCAUAUGUCAGGCCAGCAGUUGCGUCUGGCCCUGGAAUGCGCUCAGGCAGAACUCCUAGUCCCGAAGUGUCUGAUCGUGGAGAUGCUGUCCACAAACUUGUCAACAAACUUGAGGAACACGCAAUGGCCGGAGUCGGACCAGGCCCGGAUUCCGAAUUUGACAAGGACACAGCCCAUUGGCUGUUUAUCAGUGGUAUACAAACAUAUAUCGAGGGGUUGAUCAUCAAAGAGAAGACACAUGAAGAUAUUGUUGAAGCAGUUCAGAUUGAUGAGAAUGUUGAGAAGAUGAUACCUUUCCUUGCAUCGUGGAUCAAUAAAACAAUGAAGCGAUUGCAUCAAACCGGUCAAAUGCUGAAGCGUGUGUGUUUAUGCAAGGAUGAUGCAUUAAUACCUAGAAACCUAGAACACAACAAGGGACUUAUGCCGUUGCAAGAAAAGGCAUCCGUGAUUAAAUACGCAUGCAUAUACGCAUGCAUUCUGGCCAAUUUUCUAUGGUUCUUGGUGCUGCAAACAGACAUACCAGUCCACACUGGUAUCCAACUCUACAAUGUCCACAAGCCUUUCAUACAUCAACUUAAAGACAUGGUACUGCCCCUGGAGCUACGACGACAGAACUUGAAUCAAUACGGGGCAGAGGAGAUCAUUCCGGUUGAAAACCGUGCACUGUCAAAACUAGCAUCUCAGAUUCUAUGCAAGGUCUUCCAGGUCCCAGCGGCCGCUCGCAACUGCCAAUACCUUUUUCCACCUAUGCAGUUUCUUGCAUUCUCGGUUGUGAAGGUGGAUGGUUCUUACGAGGGGGUGACCACCCUCACCCGCCUGAUUGCUGGUAUGCAAUAUGGAGUGAGGCUAACUUUUGCAGAAGAAUACCUUGAUGCACCUGCCCCAGCAUUCGAUCCCAAUGCAGACCCUACGAUACCUUUCAAAGAUGACUUUAGCCGGUUCAAGUAUUUGCACAAAAACCACGCAGGGCCCUUCAACUAUGUACGGCAGGUUAUGCACCUGGCCACUACUGCCAUCAUGUCUGAGGCACUGCCUGAAACCACGUUCUGGGCUGAUCACCACCAGGAAACUCUUGAGAUGGACAACAAGAAGGUUACUAUUGGAGGGAUCAGGAAUUGUAUUCAGAUACAAGAUAAGCUAGUGCAGCAAGAUCUUGAUGCCAUAGUGCGUGGAUGUAAAAUGCCAAAGCUGGAUUUGAACCUCUACAAAGACAAGCCCAACAACUGA